AAGAAUUAAAAAGGCAGUGAGCAUUGCAUCCAUGGAAAAGUUAAAACUUCAUGGGAUGGAGUUUUUACCGAUUCCAGAUGACGAGAGAAUAAAAGAAAUUGAAGAAAAUGAGGCACACGACGAAAAUGUCCAUGAUAUGUCGCAAGAUAAAUGCACAUUAGAAAAAAAUAAAGAAUUGGUCCUAAUAAGUGAAACCAACGAAGAAGAAAUCGAUGUCGAGACGAUGCUUAGCGAAAUAAUAAGUGCUGCAACGAACACUAAGGCGAAUGACGCAAACGAAGAAAAAAGAACUGAGGAGCUGCAUGAGACUCCGUUUCGAAAAAAUGUCAAUGUGCCCAGAAGUUCGAAGUGGCGGGAUACUGCUUCAAAUAGUAGUCCUGGUGAAGAAGCGUUUUUGAAAAAAACAUUGCAAAAUGGACCGUCCUCGUUCGGGGAAGAGAGAAAUGAUGGAAUAACUGAAGGAUCUCAACGAAAGUCAUCUCGGUCGCCGGGUAAUAAGUUGGAAGCUAUAUUUGGCAAAAAUUCGAGUUUUGCUGGUGAUAAAAACAACAAUGAUAGACGUUAUAAAACGUGGAGCGAAAUUGAAGCCGCCGCAAUGAGCAUCAGUAACCGGGAAAAAAUUGAUACGAACGUAAUACACGACCGAAAGAGAAAGAAAAAUAAUGAUGAAGUGUCUACCAUUAAUAAAAACCAACCAAUGAUACCGAAAAAAGUGUUGAAGAAAAUACAUAAACCCGCCGAUCGGACAAAUGGAGAGGACCCUUUCAAUUUUGAGAAUGACGAGAGUGACAUUUCCCAAAGGCGUAAGAAGCCGAAGGAGCUGUCGGCACCGGUAGAAAAAAAUGCCCAACAAAAAAACGUUAACGGCCGAAAGGUAAAACAGACGGUCAGCAAUCAAAAGAUGUCGAAUGAAAAAAGCCCAAGUGUUUCGUCAAGCAGCGCAACCGGUAAAAAUGAUGAGAGAUCGGCUCCAACCUCGGAUUACUCUCAAGGACAAAAAGAGAGAUUCAAAAACGCGUAUAACGAAAUGUUGAAGACGGCCGUAAAUCAUAUGAAACAGGUGAAAAAAUUCGGAAAAUUGAUGAAUGAAGAUGAUAUCGAAGAAUCACCCUUCGAAUUGUUGGACAUUCUGUCGGAUGAUGAAACGGAAGACAUGGAAAUUACUCCGGGUUGGCGAAUCCACCGGGACAUAAUCAUACAAGCGGGAUUGGCUCCCACCAUGAGUAAAAGAUUGGCCACACUGAUGUCAGCCCUGUGGAGCAGGGAGGAGAGAGAAAAGCUUAUAAUAAAAAAAACAAGAAACAAAAAGAACGAUGGAAGACGAGAAAUAACAGUGGGAGAAGCGAGACAGUUGAUGAGUGCGUGUAUGGCGCUUCAAUCGAUGAAGAUACUUUCGGUAAAUGAAGUGGACACUAUCGAAAAUAUCAAGAUCUCGAUUUCGAAAAAAUUAAAAAACGAUCGGUACAACAGUUUUCGUUGGAGAAAACGUAACGGUAAAAAGUCAAGCGGCAAGAAUGCAAAAGCACGCGGAAAUAUUGAUAAGCGCGACAAAGAUUACGAUGAGAACGAGGAGAAAUGCGCCGACGACGAUAAUACCAACGAAGAUGAUUACGACGAUCCGGAGGAAUCGGUCGAAGACGUCGACGACGACGACGCUGAUAACGACGAAAAUGAAAACGAUGACGGGGAGGAAUUGAGCGACGACGAUAAUAGCAGUAACGGUGAUAACGAUGACGGCGUAAACUGCGACGAUAGCGACCUCAGCACCAAUAAUUGAUUUCAUUAUUUAUCGUUGUCGUACAAAGUAAAAAAUCAAAAGAAGUGAUGAAAGUUUGCAAUGCGUACAAAAUUGCAACAUUGAAUUUGAGUAAUUCGGAAAUACUGACAGUACGAUGUACUCAUUUUCGAUUUUUUUUAAAUGUAACCCGUUAAAAUGUACGAGCAUUACUCGUCAUGCAUUUAUUAUUCAGCACUGAAGAAUCGUUAAGUGCAAUAUGGGAGAAAAAAUAUAUG